AUGGCGUCCAACAACCCUCUUCCCGAUCCAAUGAUAUUUUCCGGUCAGUCCCAUAUCCCUCGUCGCCGGAAACAUCGAAAUUCAGCCGUCGCCGUUGCUUUUCGGCACAGAGCUGCACCCAAAAAGCACUCUGAUAAUAAUAGCAAUUCCCCUGUGAACUUUUGUGAAGGUUUACACAAAAGUGAGGCUUCUGCAAGGAAGCUCGCUGCAGGGUUGUGCCAGUUUAGGCUUAUGGAAGCCUCAGAGGAUGGCGGUGCUGAUUUUCAAAAUGCAUCGUCUUUUCCAUUGCCCAUGUCUCCGCUUGCUAACGGAAAUGUAAAGAUCACGCUUUCCCAUCAUCACAAUACUGGAGAAAAAUUUACAGAGAUGAAAGAUCGGCUAAGGAGGCCAUUAACCAUCUUGCGUUCAGGAAAUGGAAUUCAAUGUGAGACUGAAUCUUCUCUGCCAAAUCUCAAAUGUUCAAAAGAAGAGGCGAAAAAAUGGAACCCUACUCUUAAGAAUGAAGCAUCCGAUGAGUGUCCUAUGAUUCACAGCAGGAAGUGUGUUGAAGACGAAAAAAUUGUUGGUGACUAUGACUCUGUUAUGACUACAUUGUUAGAAGAACUCCUACGAGCUCAAAGGAGUAUCAAAAAACUUAAAGCUGCACAGAAGGCUUCUAAGAAAAGAGUUAAACAAUUUUUGCAAAAUCUUGAAAAAGAAAAAUUAUUUUGGAAGCGUAGAGAAUGCCAGAGGGUUGAAACAAUGUUAAAUGACUUAAAGGACAAGUUGGAGAGGGAAAGAAAAAGUAGGGAAAGGAUGGAGUUAUUGAAUACCAAAUUGGUACAGGAGCUAGCUAAAGCUAACUUAUCUGCCAAGCAAUUUAUGACAAAGUACAAGAAAGAAAAGAAAGAAAGAGAAUUGAUAGAGGAAGUGUGUAACGAAUUAGCCAUGCAAAUAGGGGAAGACAAAGCUAAGCUUGAGGGAUUAAGUGAUUCCAUGAAAAUUUGUGAGGAAUUGGAAGAAGAGAGGAAGAUGAUGCAAAUGGCUGAGCUAUGGCGUGAAGAAAGUGUGCAAAUGAAGCUAGUUGAAGCACAAUGUGUACUUGAAGAUAAAUAUAAUCAAAUGGUUGAGUUGAUUGCUUUUCUUCAAACGUUCUUAAGAUCAAAGGGUGCUGAACUAGACACCACAGAAUUAGAGGACACUCAGUUGAUCAAACAGGAUAUUGAAUCAGUGAAUAUUCAACGUAUUGUUGAGCUUUCAUAUGAUUUCUCAAAGUCAGACAAUAUAGUUUCCAUUUUUGAGGAGCUAAGAAAAGACAAUAUAGAAGAGGGGGUGAAUAAACCAGAUUCCCAUCUCACUCUUACUAGCCCCUUACCCACAGCCCACAUUGAAAGUCUUGAUGAAGAAAUGUUGAAUAAAAACUCAACAUUGCAUGAUAACUCAAGUCCCUCUAGCGAUUAUAAUAAAAACUCCAAUGGUGGAACUACGAUUUCUUCAACACAAUCUUCUCAACAUAAAAGGUUUGGUGAUGAUCGUUAUGAACAAAAGGAGUCUACAGGCUCAAUAAUUCAGAAUGGAGGGAUUACUUCUUCUCAAUGUAAAAGUUCUGUUGAAGGUAGCUUCAAACACUCGGAAUUGUUGGGACCAGGAAACUCUACAUGUAACAUGAACCCACAUAUACUUCGUGGGAUGAAAGGGUGCACAGAAUGGCCACGUGGAAUACCAAAAUCCAAUUCCAAAGUCAUUCCUUCUGAAAGAAAGAGUGAAAAACAAAAAAUCUAG